AGCACUUCCCAUUAAUUUAGCAGCAAGGACUCCAGUGAGUUCAGCGGCCGGUCCGUUAUCCAUAUGGCGUUGGCUGUUACUUCUUCUGCUCUAUCGAAGCUUCCUCCAGCUCCCAGAGAGGUAGCUCAAAAAUGUUUGCCAGGUGGCAUCCCAACAGCCGUAUCACUAAGAAGUCGUGUAAGCGCAACUAAAGGGGUCUCCAGUGUUUGUGAACCUCUUCCCCCAGAUAGGCCAUUGUGGUUCCCUGGUAGUUCUCCUCCUGAAUGGCUUGAUGGAAGUCUCCCUGGAGAUUUUGGCUUUGACCCUCUUGGAUUAGGUUCAGAUCCUGAACUCCUGAGAUGGUUUGCACAGGCUGAGCUAAUACACAGUAGAUGGGCAAUGCUUGCUGUAGCUGGUAUCCUGAUUCCUGAAUGCCUGGAGAGACUGGGCUUUAUUGAAAAUUUUUCAUGGUAUGAUGCUGGUGCUAAAGAAUACUUUGCAGACCACACAACCUUGUUUGUGGUCCAAAUGGUUUUGAUGGGUUGGGUUGAGGGCAGAAGAUGGGCUGAUCUCGUUAACCCUGGUUCUGUUGAUAUUGAGCCCAAGUUUCCCAACAGGAAAAACCCAAAGCCUGAUGUUGGGUAUCCAGGUGGGUUAUGGUUUGACCCCAUGAUGUGGGGCAGAGGGUCACCAGAGCCAGUGAUGGUGCUGAGAACCAAAGAGAUCAAGAAUGGCCGACUUGCAAUGCUGGCUUUUGUAGGGUUCUGGUUCCAAGCCAUUUACACAGGAGAAGGACCCAUUGAGAACUUGAUGGCUCAUAUUGCUGAUCCUGGACACUGCAACAUUUUCUCGGCUUUCACCUCUCACUAACAAUUGUGGCCUAUAAGAGUUCAGCAAUCUGAAGUCGAGUAUGGAUAGGCUUCAUCUCAGUAUAGUGAUUUCAGAGUUCACUGUACACUUAACCAAGCCAUUGGAGAAAAAGAAGUUUUUCACUAUUCUUCUUUAUUCAUUUAUUUAUUACACCUCUCUCGUCUCUUAUUGCU